AAAUUAUUGAAGAUAUUUUUGAAGAUUUGAGUGAAGAAAAACACAUAAAAAAGCACAUACACAUUAUCAUUGAAAUACCCAAUACCAUUGGUAAUAAAUUAAGCUUCCUAUUAAAUGCAAUUGCUCUUUAUUUUUAUGGAU